GCCACAGUUGCUCGGUCCCUCGAUCCUGUUAUCUGGUCGGUGAUGUCUCUUUUGGCCCAAGGCCUCGAGGGAUGAACGGUCCUCUUCCCUCCAGGAGAGCCUUCCUCUCCAACCUCGCCGCUCUCCCUGCUGACAGCAAGGUCCGUUUCCUGGGCUGUGUAAGAACCUAUUCCGUUCCCACAGGCCGUCUAAUAUUAGAGCAUAACUAUCCCCGACGUAAAUCAACGUCCGAUGUACCAACCGUGUCGGUCGAUAUCAAUGCAGUCCUAGAGACGGUCACGUCGGAGGAGCUGCGCGUGGGUGCAUGGGUCAAUGUGCUUGGUUACGUGAGACGGUCGAUGAUUGCCGGUGAGACCAUCUACGUCGAAGCAAUCAUGGUCUUUGCCGCCGGUGCGAUUGCAUUAGGGGAAUACGAAAGGAUUCUGCAUGAAUCGAUGGAGGUCGAGCGGAGAGUCCAACGACCAACUUGAGCGAGUACUCCAUCCGGUCGUGUUCUCCUUGUCUGAGAGAUGAGGGAAAUCGAAAGUCUUCGUUGCAUUCAUUAAACGACUCAUUAUCUAUUAUAUUCGCCUGACCAUGCUUGAAUUUGUUGCUCGCCAUGACCAAAUAUGCCAUAUAUCCGCCGUGAGAGGAGUGGGCAAGCCUAGCCACGCCAGCCAUCUGGGGAAUAAGAACUUUUGUAUGCAGAAAAUGAAAAAGUCAUAAUCGACGUCUCGGGCGCUGCCUUUGGUUUGUGCCCUUUAUACCUCCAUCUUCUCCUUCUCUUUUUCUGUUGACUCCGCUUGGAGGCCUGCUGCCUCCAGCCGCUGC